AAGGGCCACCACCAUCCGGUUCAGUUAUUUCGAGAUCCUGAUGACGUCAACAUUAGGAGGCAACUUAACAUUGAAUUUAGUUAAAGGGCUUUACAACCUUUGGUGGUUUACAGGAAACGCCAAAUCAACAAUAGGAUCAUAUUUCUGAUGGUGGUUGGUGCCGCAAGUUUACAAGUCGAAAUUAAGUUUCUAUUUUCAGCUCGCACUUGAAGAGUUUUGCUCCCAUUCCUGUCUAUUCACUUUUCAUUGUUGAGGCAUCAAAACAAGCCUGUUGAAAGCCAAGCACUAACAACUAAGAUGUUGUUUGACGUCUUUUGAGUGACCUUGCGAAGCCUUCUUAAUCCUGGGCUUCUGAGCACUUCCACUGAAAAAGCGGAUUGUUGUUCAUGUUAAAGCUAGUACCGUUACUCAUUUGCUUAAGCAUCCCUUGUUCAGCCAACGCUUCUACAUACUUCUCUUUCAAUCCCUACUUGACUUCAGAGAAUGAAUGAGUGACUGAGUGAGUGAGCCGUGACUGAACGAGAGAUUGACGGAGAGAGAGAAAAAGAGAGAGAAAGAGAGAGAGACAAAGAGAGAAAGAGAGAGAGACUAAGGGAGAAAGGGAGGGAGCAAGAGAGAAAGAGAGGGAGAGCAAAGCCAAUAGGGUUUCAGGGGUCAAACAAUGGGUGAUGCGACACACCCGAGGAUGAGUCUUCUCGUGCUUCUCAUGCGUCCCUUACUGUCCAAAUCACGGUCAUUUUAAAGGCCCCUUUUAUUAGUCGGUCCCAACCAAUCUGAGAUCACUUCAUCCUGUUUUCGCCAGCGGAUCACUCAUCCUACUUUGACUUCUUCGAGCACUAUGCCCUACCAUUUUUCAGUCAUAUUGGCUUUGGCCACUUUAACAUCGUUGCAUCAGAUAACUGGAUCGCCCCUAUUCAAUGGACCAUUAGAUACCUUCUCUAAGCGGGAGCCGCAAAUGAUUGGACUCUCCUCGUAUGAAUUUGAUCCCGUCAUGUCAACAGACGAGGGUCAUUUGGAAGAGAAGCUCUUCUUGGCCCAGAAGCUCUACGAUGACAUCUUAAACGAUAUCAAUGAUAUUCUUGACGUUGAGGAAUCUCCUGCUCUGUUCUCAGCCGAUCCAUCAUCAGCCUCAUCUUUGCCUUCAUCUGAACCGUCGGAAUUCAACGGACCAAUCUCGAGUCCAAAACCUCGUCAACCCGUUAACAAAUCCCGAAGGCAUUUAUGGAAUAUUCUCAGCAAUGUUAAUUCCCGGUUUUCCAAAGAUUAAGAAGAUCUUUCUAAGAGAAGCACCUUCGUCAUCUUCAUCAUCACCAUCACGAGUCAUCAUUUCGUCAUCAUUUUACUUAGUCUCAACCUCUCCAACAACAGUAACACGAAAAUCAAAAGCAACUGGAAUAAAACUUGUGGAAUCUCCUGUCCUCUUAAGACACUCUCAAAUGUUGAAACGAUACCAAGGCUAAACUGAAAUCUUUUAAACCCUUUUUCAUGCUUCCAUUGUGUCGGCAGUGUAUUUUCGUUACAAAUAAUCAAACUAAAUUCAAUACAAAUAUUUGGUAACCAUGG